AUGAGGUAAUAAGCUCAAAUGGAAGAGGAAUAGUCAGACGAUGAUGAUGACAUUGAAGAAGAUGAUGAAGAAUUAGAAGAUGACUAUUACACUGAUGAAAAUAAAUCUGAUUUGGAAGAUUCUAGGGUGAACUAACUCAAGAAUAUAUAGGAGAUAAAGACUAUGAAGGAAAAAGAAUCGUAGAGUAACCUAUAACAAUAGAAGCAAGCACCAGCCACAAAUUAUCAAGCCUUAAGAAAGCAAGGUAAUAAUGAUCCAGCUAUUAGAGAUAAGCAAUUGAUCGAGGCUGGUUCAUAUCAUUCAAACAGCUCUGUUAUAUUACCUCAUCUAAAAGAGAGAGGAAACUCAAACGACAGAUUGUCUGUAAACAAUUAAAGUGGUAGAUCUUAGUCUUUAUUGAAGCCAUCAAUUGGACACAGCUAAAGUUAAAAAUCUUUAAGAUAUUAGGAUGACUAGAAUGAUUUGCUUUCUUCGCAAGAUGAUUUCGUGGAAAAGGGUUUAAUCAAGGCCAAAUAAGAGAAGAUGAUUUCUCUAAAGAAUGCUUACUCAAUGUAAUCUAGAAUCUUAAAGUUGAAAAUGUAAGAAGAAUAGUUGCUUAAGAAAAUCGAUAAUGAGCGUAGGAAAGCUGAGGAGUUACAGCAAGUUAGAAUGAGUUACGACUAGAAAAUGCAGUAACUUAAGAUUGCUAGUUUUGAAAGAGAAUAAAAAAAGAAUGAGUACUAUGAAUUAAAUUAAAACAAAAAAAGUAUGUCAAAGUUAUUUAUCAACGAGAAGAUAAAUGAAAUUUGCAGAUCAAAGAAGUAAAUUCAUGAUGAUGUAGUAAAAGAGAAAUAGCAAAUAGAGAAAGAAAAGUAAAAAUUCUAAGAAAGUGUCAACUAUUAGAAGCAUGUUAAUGCUUUAAUGAUUAAAGAAUAGUUACAAAAGUCUAAGUAACGAAUGCUUGAGAUGAAAAUUGAAAAAGACCAAAAGAGGAAAGAAAGCUAUAUAGAGAGAGUGAAUAAUGAAAAGAAAAAGAAGAAGUAGACUGAUAAGCAAGUUAAGUAGCUAUCCAAAAUUGAGUAGGAUUUGCAGGAAAGAGUUAAGAGCACUGUAGAUUUAUACAAAAGUAUAGUGCCAAUUAGAAGUAUAAAUAACUCAGUUAUUCAAGAUAGUCACAGGUAUUAAGACCUUAAGUUAACCCUUUGA